AUGUUGAACACCCAAGUGUGCGACGACGCUCCGUCCACUCUAUUGCUCGAACACGCUUUGGCCUUCGUGGAUGCCUGCAAUAUCGAGAGUGAUGACGAGACACGAGCAAUCGAGUACGACCAAGAACUGGAGGCGCUGCUUGCGGAAGUACCAGAUGCGCUUUUGAUACAACUGUCUAACACACCAAAGUCGCCGCAGGAUGUGCAACAGCCAAUCGGCGAACCUACUGGACUUUUAUUGAGCCCCAAAUGCUACGCUGAUUCCAACUUGUUGGAAAGCGCAAUUGCCUCCCUGUGUACGCACAGCGAUACAUCUAGUAGCAGCAGCGAUGAUGGAGUUGAUACUCAAUGCGUGAUUAAGGGGAAAACUUCCGAAGAACUUCGAAUUAAGUCGCGGAAGAAGAUGAAACGAGCACGAGCGCCAUCUCCUAUUAGAACUGCCAAAGAUUUUGCAGCUGCAAACGCAGCGAUUGCCGCUGCCGCUGCUGGAAUUAACGCGUUGACGGAUGACACUAUGAAGCCUACAAAUAAACGAAUUCGGAAACAGAGAGAAGAGCUGUUGUAUCUUCGUGUCAAAGUCAAGGAGAUGGAAAAUACGCUGGCGGAGCUUAAGCGUAAGGAAACGCGGAGCUUGUCGCCAAGUAGCAGCUAUAAGCAACGUAUGGUUGGCGACUCCGAUAGCUUCUCACUUCUAGCGUCCAUAUGGAGAGAUCUAGCGAAACGACAGCACAAGGAUAGGGAACGUGCUGAACAUGAGAAUCGCAAGCUCAAAUCAAUUUUAGAACGACAGCUCCAGCUGACGAAGUGCCUCAAGAAGAUUUUUGAGACUCGGCCGGGAGACGACGUAUGUUCUUAA